AGAACUCGUCUUAACGUCAUGGUCUGCUGCAUUUGGACGUGAGACGCAUGUUUCGCAUUUACAAGGGUGAAGAUUCUGAGAAAAUCAGAAAGAUGAAUAAUAAUAUAACUUCUGAGCCCAAGCCCAAUGGCAUGAAGAAAGGAGGAGCCAGGAUUAUUGUGGACAGUGGUGAUGAGGUUCUAAGUCCAACUGACCUGUCUGAGAUGUUAGCUGAGGGCACCAAGGAGGCCCACGACCGAGCAGAAAACUGUCAGUUCGUCAAAGAUUUCCUCAGGGGCCGCAUCAUUAGGGAGUUGUUUAAGAAAGGAACUGCAGCAUUGUACUUUGUCUAUUCCGCCAUGGAGGAGGAGAUAGAGAAGAAUAAAGAUCACCCUUAUAUCGCCCCAAUCUAUUUUCCAACUGAGCUGCACCGUCAAGAGGCCCUGGCCCAAGACCUGGAAUAUUUUUAUGGAGAGGACUGGGAAAGCCAAAUCAGUCUCUCUGCAGGCACCAAGCCGUAUGUGGACCGAAUCCACGAGGUGGGAGAGAAGGACCCAGUGCUGUUAGUAGCCCACUCCUAUACCCGCUACAUGGGGGAUCUCUCAGGAGGACAGAUUCUCAAAAAAGUGGCCCAAAGGGCUCUGAAGCUGCCAACAACAGGGGAGGGUCUAAACUUCUACCAGUUUGAAGGAAUUACCAGCCAAAGGGGCUUUAAGCAGUUGUACCGAAGCAGGAUGAAUGAGCUGGAGAUGGACAUGGAGACCAAACAAAGGAUUGUGGACGAGUCCAAUCGGGCCUUUGCAUUCAACAUGAUGGUCUUCUCAGAGCUGGAAGAAAUCGGCAAAUCUGUCAAAGAGGAAGGACAGGAGGGGCACUUUGGACAUGGUCAUGGAGAGAUCUUUCAAGAAGAUGAUAUCAACAAAUGCCCAUACUAUGCUACUAAAAUGGCUAUCAGUGGGAAUCCCUCCUAUGCGCUCCAGUUAGCCAAGAUGUUUGUGGGUCAUCUGCCCUGUCAGGUUGCUCUAGCUGCCUGGGUUGCUCUCUUUACUGGCUUUACAGCCUGGUACCUUCUGUGAGCUUGUAAAAUGAUUGUCACUCCACACAUUUACCCUUCUUAGUUUGACUUGAUAACCUUGCAUAUAAUGCACUCUUAUUGACCUGUAGCAUUUAAUUGUACCGUUUUAAGGGUGUGUUGGACCUAUUUUUUGCUGAGUGAGUUUUUCCUUUCAGGAAAAUAAAGCUUUCUAAUUUU